AAACCGGCGGCGGCAAGGAAAGAAGGCAAGAGCAGCUGCUGUUUCCCCUGCUGGGCCCGUCGCCAUGGAGACGCUCCUCUCUCAAGCCGAGCUGCUGCCCAGCCUCUUGGCGGCGUCGCGCUCGGGCCUGGUGCGAGGCUGGGACGCGGCGGCCGUGCGCCGGGCCCUGAGCUGGGGCCGCUUCUUCCAGGGGCUGCACGCCCGCCUCCCGCCCGAGCGCGGCAUCUGGGCCUCUGUGGAGCGGCGCCUGCGCAGCCGGGGAGCGCCGCUCGGCCUCGGCCACUUGAAGCGCUGCCCGGAGCUGCUGGGCCUGGCGCUGCUGGAGAACCGCGCGCUGCCCUCCGACGCCUGCCGCGCCCUCCUGCGCGCCCUCCUGCACGGCGAGGACGGGGAGCUCCGCGCCCACCGCCUGGCGAGGCGAAAGGCGGCCGCCCAGCUCCUCCUCCUCCUCCCUUCGGCGCCUUCUCCUCCUCACGAGGCCCCUCCGGCCAGAGCCCAGGGGCAGCUGCUGCUGGCGCGGCUGCGGGAGGAAGGCGGCGAGGAGGGGGCCCUCCUGGACCAGCUGCCCUGCGGCCCCGCGCUGCACAGGGCAGUGGCGGCGGCGCUGCUGGAGCCCGGCGGCGAAGCGGAAGCCAGGGCGGCGCUGCUCCCUUGGCUGCUGCAGCAGCAGCAACAGCAGCCUCGCCUGGCCGCCUUCUUCCGCCUGCUGCCGGCCUCGUGGGCGGCCUCGCUUUGCAGCCGCCACCCUGAGCUGCGCGCCCCUUACUUGAGCCUCUUGGCGGCCUGGGGGAGCCGGCUCCGUUACGACCCGCUGCGCGGGGAGUGGGGGGCCGGCGGCCUAGAAGAAGGCGCGGCGGCGCCUUGGCAGGAGGUGAGGGAGCGUGUCGGCUGCCUCUGCCAAGGGCCGGAGCCUCUACGCAGCGCGGUGCUGGCGCAGCUCAGAGACCUGAAAGCCCAGGAUGGGGGCUUUGAAGUACGAGGCCUGAGUGUUUGGACUGAUCUCCUGCUGGACGUGCAGGCGUCUGCUUGGAAAGAAAAGCUCCUCGCGCGAAGCCUUCCCCCGUCAGCCAAAUCAUUUGAAAACCUAGAAUGAAAAACAAACACUAUACCUAAAGGAAAGAUGACUGUGUAUUGAUUCUCCAUUCAGAACUACUCACUUAAGAUCAAGUGGCCUCCAGGUUCCCAGUGUCUUAACUCUUUUUUUGUUUUGUUUUCCAGCAGAGGAUUGCUUCAUGUAAAGGAAUGUGUUCCUAUGUAUUCUCAGUUUUAGGUUUUCACUCCCAAGUGUAACAGUGCAAUUAAAUCACAUAGAAUAGAUUCUCCCUCAUGUGCUUUGUCAUCUUCAGCCCUUCGUUAUAGAGUAAAAAGAAAGUUAUUCUAAAAAGUGUAUUAAAAAAAAGUACUAGUUGCACCUUACAUGCUCAGAAGUGCAUGUUGAAAAUCACAUUAUUAUGGAUGCAAUGCUAGUGAUUUAUGUAUGUGUAAAUGUUAUUAGGACGAACCAAAGUGAUGCAAGAGAGUGUGCAAGCAUUUGAGUUCUGCAGAACACUGUUUUGACACUUAGGUCCUUGUCAAACUGAAAUGUUCUUAAUGGGACAACAUGGCUUCCUGUCCUUUUUGUAUGUCUCUGUAAUGUGUAGGUGAGACUGCCAUGUCUACCAAAAGAUUAGAACAAAGAUUUGCAUCCUGAAUUCUGGAGCAAUCACAAAUUGUUACAAAAUUACCCAGCACUAAACAUUUUUAAAAGCUCACACAAGUAGUUCUCUACAUGUUGAUACACUGUGGACAUUGCUGUGUAGGCUCUGCUAUUGAGCUUGUGAAUCUUGGCUAAACAUAGGGAGGAAUAUUUACCUGAGGUAGUUGUAUUUCCCAGUCAGUUAUCAGCAACUUAAUCAGUAUUCAUGACUUAACUGACUCAUAUUUUGGUUGUCAGCAGUGAUAUAGGUGAAGAACCUCUUGUAAAACACUGUGGCAGUGUGAAGUGUGUCUCCUGUCAAUACUCUUCUACAAAUACAAAACACUGAUUUGUUUUGACAUAUUGUAUUGGAUAGGUCCACUUAAGAGAUUUCCUCUUACGUCCAUAGAGCCACAUGUGGGCCCAUAGUCUUUUUCACUGUUAUGUUUUUGUUUUGUUUUUUUUGGUGACCAUAGCCAAUUGAGACCAGAUCUUCAACAUUCAGUAAAGUAAAAAUGGGGCUAUUGCUACCACAUAUGUGUGUUCAUGUGUAAUUUGCAUGAUUAUUGCCUAUAUUUAAGUGGUGUUUGUGUAGAAAUCGUUACGAUCCUUGAUUUUCCUUGUAUUGUUGAUGGCCUGCAGUUGCAAUAUUGGAAAGUAUCCCUGCUUGUUAGGCUGGUCAGGAAGUCUUUGCUGCUUGCUUGGUUCUAGUUGCUUGAAAUUAUAAAUACUUGUUCCUAAUUAUGUCUUUAUUAUAAUACAACUUUGAAUUUCCAUGUAAUAAUAUGACUUCUGUGGAUAGGUCCAGUGCAGUGGUCUCAAACUAAUAUAUGCAUUAAUAGUAACACAGCAGAGACUGGUCUCAUCACUUCAGGUUUUCAAGCUCUAUAUUAAACAUUUGCCAUGUACAUCUGAAAUUUGUGGGUGGUAUUUGACUCAUUUUUACUCAAUAGACCCAUUGAAAUUUGUGAACGUGACUAUGUUAGGGUUAUUAAUUUCAAUGGAUCUGCUCUAAGUAAAAUCAGUAGAAUACCACCCACCAUUAAGCCAAUGCUAUCUGAAUUGUACUCUCUGUGUGAGGAAAGAUGGGUAGAAAUUUUUAAAAAACCCUGUAUUUUUGAGCUACAAAACAAGGAACCAUCUAAGUUAUUAGUGUAGAACUGGUUCCAAUCAAUUUAUUAUGUAUAGUGGCAAAAGUGCAGAAGUUCUCAAAGCAGAAUGUAACCAUUUUGUGUCUACUUAUGCCCAAUGAUUUGUUGCCUUUGUUGUAUUUGUGCCAAUAGAAGGAAUACAUAUGUGUUAACUUGGAAUAGACAGAAGUUGACUUUUUUGAAUCCAAGUAAUGAGAUUAGAAAUAAAUGCUGUAAGCCUU